AUGAUUUCCUCCCUACUUUUUCUGCUAGUCUUCUCCUCUAUUACUACCGCAUGUCCUGGACUUUUUAACAUGUUAGGUGGAGCUGGAGGCUGUGGUGGUGGCGGGGGAUGUGGUGGAGGUGGCGGAUGCGGAGGGGGUUGUGGGUACGGUGGUGGUGGAGGGUGUGGAUAUGGAGGAGGAUAUGGGUGCGGAAUACCACCGCCUCCACCACCACCCCCGCAGUGCGGCUGUGGCAGGAAGAAAAGAUCUCUUCCGGAGAAACCGACGUUCUUUGGAAUUUCUGCGUCGGGGGAUGAUGUGAUGUGCAACACGCCAGAGUUGAAGAAAAUUAUUGCAAGGAAUAUGCAAGACUCCGCUAUGGAUUCUUCGAAAACCGUAAAUGCAGCGUUGGAGAAUAAGAAGCUUCAGAGAUUCACAGUGAUUUGCUCGGAGAACCCGUUCGUUUUCUCCAUCCGUGCCGACACAGCCUAUUGUGGGGUACAGAGAAAUGGCCAUAAUUGCCAUGUGUUUGCUAUGUGA